UGUGUCUGACAUUUUAACAUUUGUGUUUGAUAUAUACGUGUGAGAGAUUAAAUACAAGUUUAAAUAACGAAUUAGACAAUAUUAAAUGGUACGCUAGCUCAUGCUAGCUAGGCUCGCUUUUAUCUGACAAGAUGAGUACGCGACUCUAUCAUACGAUGAUCGGAUGAUACAGCUCGAGUUCUCGCAUCGAUGCUCUAGGAAACUAUGUGUUGGACAUAAAUAGAGUCAACGCUCGUUACUCGAAUGACAAUUAUUUCCACGCUUUUGAGAAUAUUUCGCCGAAUCGUAAGAGAGAACUACGAGGAUGACGAGUGCCGUACGGAGGUUGCGAAAGAUUCAUUUAUCAAUAUAAUUUCGCUUUGAAUCGAGUAGUUCAGUGUUUUGACGCGCAUAGAAAUGGCGGAUGCUAUAUUUAUCACGCAUGUCAUACUCUUGUUGACACUCAGAUUAUGUUCAGGUGAACGAGAGAUUGCUUUGCAUGACCACGACGUUUCUUUUGGCGAUGAGAAAUCGGAUUCACCUGAACCUUUGGAUCCAAAUCUUGGCUUCAAUACAAACAGUCAAAAACGUUUUAAAUGUCAUAUGUGUGAAGAUACCGAAUGUGUGCAAUCUAAUGUCUGCAUCAAUGCAAUCACUUGUUGGAAAUCUAGGAUGAGAGAAGUCAAUGGUAAAGAGCAUGUUAGCCGUGGCUGUUAUAAAUCAGAAGAACAUAAAUUAAUGAUGUGUAAUAAAGAAAAUAACCAAAAUACAGAUCAUAAAAAAAGGAAUGUUAGAGGCUUAUCAGGUGGUGUUCAAUUCUCUGUGGAAUGUUGUCAAGCAGAUUUUUGUAAUGUUGGACCAUAUCCUAAGUUGGAAGAUUCAACCAAUACUGAUAAGGAAUAUCAUGUAAUAAGAUUAACAUUUGUGAUUCUUGGACUACUGAGCGGGAUGCUCAUUUUUGGAGGAAUUGCACUUUGUCUAUUUGUGCACCGAAUAAGAAGGAAACGACCUAUGGCUCCACGUCGGAAUAAGCUUAUUCUCGAUUCCGAAAUUGAACCAUCUAUGUUGCAUUUCUCAUUUUCUUCACCUACAUCAUCUGCCACUUAUCAUUCACAUGAGCUUAGAGCAACGGCUGCUGGUGAUAGUACACUUAAAGAGUACUUAGAUGGACGAAGUUUGACCAGUGGUUCUGGUUCUGGAUUACCCUUGUUAGUACAAAGAACUUUAGCUAAGCAAGUAGCUUUAGUAGAGUGUCUCGGUAGUGGUAGCAGUGGUGGAUUUGGCGGAGAAGUGUGGAGAGGAGUUUGGCAUGGUGAAAAUGUAGCUGUAAAAAUUUACUUCUCACGAGACGAAGCUGCAUGGGCUCGAGAGACCGAGGUUUACUCUCAACUAUUACCAUCCAGACACGACAAUAUUCUAGGAUACAUCGGUAGCGAUAUGACCAGUAGAGCCAGUUGCACUCAACUCUGGUUGGUGGUGCAGUAUCAUCCUCUUGGUUCGCUCUUUGAUCAUCUUAAUCGGUCGCCACAUCCAUUGACACCUCAUCAAACGCUCAAUAUUUGUCUGAGUAUUGCUAACGGUUUACUUUAUCUGCACACGGAGAUCCAUGGAACCAAAGGAAAACCAGCUAUGGCUCAUCGUAAUCUUAAAUCGAAGAAUAUCCUUGUCAAAACUAAUGGUGGUUGUGUAAUUGCCGAUUUCGCAUUAGCAGCUACUCAGGAUCGUCUUGUAGCAGACAGAGUUGACUUACGACAAAGCACAAAACGCUAUAUGAGUCCUGAAAUUCUUGAGCAAACGGUAAACGUCGAAUGUUUAGAGAGCUUUAAACGAGCUGAUAUCUACAGUUUAGGAUUGAUACUAUGGGAAGUCUGUCGCAGAUGCAUAAGUAACGGUGUAGCCUUAGAAUACGCAAUGCCAUACAGUGAAUGGUUACCAAGCAGUAAUCAAGAACCCUCCAUAGAAGAAAUGCGUAAAUUGGUUUCGUUUGACCAGAGAAGGCCAUCUCUCCCUAAUAGGUCGCAUUCUGACCCGACAUUGGCUGGAAUGGGAAAAUUAAUGCGAGAAUGUUGGCAUGGGAAACCAGCAGCCAGACUACCCAUUCUUAGGGUAAAGAAGACACUCGUUAAAUUAGCAGCUAGUGAUUCACGUGUUCAUUUACCCCUUGACUGACCAGCGUUC